AUGACGAUUAUUGACCCCAAAGAUCUCUCCAACCUUUACUUUGGUGCAAAUAAGAAAACAAACGCAGGAGAAGAAACUGCUGAAUUCUUUGUUCACCCAAGCAUUGCUAUACAAUCUGGAACUGAGUCAACGACGCCUUCGGAUCAUCAUGGCACCAAUAUUGUCCAUGGCCGAGGCAUGGUGGCAACCAAUGAUAUAGCGGCAGGAGAGUGUAUAUUUAUCACUCCUCCAACCGUUGGAAUGGACUGUCAUGCUAUGGAAUCGAAAUUUAAAUCGGGUACCAACGUGGCCUUGGAGGACCUUGCAAUGGAAGAGUUGAUAGAUAAAAUGAUGAAAGAUAUCAACUCGAAACAGGAUGGCGACACCAAAGUGAAUGCUUGCAUCAACAGUUUUUUGUGUCUCAUGGGAUCGACCAAAGACACUAAAAAAAAAGUGACGAUACAAAUGUUGAAUGGAAAAGAUGACACCGACCAUUGGUCGGCAGAAGAAUUGAAAGAUCUCAGCAGGAAAGAUAUGAAGACUAUACUCUUGAAGAAUGCAUUUGGUCCAGACUUUAUCAUGUACGACAGGAUACAAGCCCAAUGGUCGUCGAACCUUUCAUACACGCCGCCAAACAUAUUGGGAGUCUUUCCAUUGGCGGCCAUGAUCAAUCAUUCGUGCACUCCCAAUGCAGUCCGAACCUUUUCGAAUAGUUGUAUGGUAGCUCAUGCUUGUCAAACCAUUCCAGCUGGCAAGGAAAUAAUGUGGAGUUACAUUCCUCCCACACAAGUCAUGGCCGAUCGACGAAGGGCGCUGAAAAAGAGGCAUGGCUUCUUGUGCAAAUGCGAACGGUGCAUGAUUGAAGCCAAGGAAUUGCGGAAGGAUCUAUUGCCAACGAAUCUGAAACAAGCGCUAGAGGAGGCAAACAAGUGGAACGAGGGCAUGCUCGACAUGUCUCAAAUCAGUGACGAGACUUCCAAACGACAAUUGUGCGCAGCUGCCAUUCAUUUGGAAGAGACCAUAUUUAGUUCCAAAAGUUUGUCCAACGAAGUCAAACGUCAUGUACGAGUGGGAUACACCAAUCUGCACAUCAAUUACUUCAAUACUAUGUUGACGACGGCUGCCAACAGAAAGCAACCACAACAACAGCAGAAUGUGCAAGAUUUGGUCUUGCAGUCGGCAACCCAGUUACACUUUGCCUACUGUUCGAGCAACAAUACCAGCACCGAACAUCUUUCCGUGCUACAUCUAUGUUACGAGCUUGCCUCUAGUAGCAAGAACAAUAAUAACAAUGCCAAAUUUUGGACCGAAGCCAUCAAACGAGCGCACUUGACGCGGUAUGGGUCCCUCGGGUCGAAUUUGACAUCGAUACGAAACUGCAUGGUUCAUACAAGAACGGUACUACGACAACGAGACGGAUAUCUUCAAGUGCAAUUCAACUUUUUGUAA